GUGCGCCCAUCCACUCGGUCGUCGCACAGCUUCUCUACGGUCUUCUCGAUAGCGGCGGAGAUGACAGCCUACGAUCACUCACGCGUCGCCCAAUUCAUAGGUGGUAAUGCCCUCGAUAAGGCCCCAUCCGGCCCCGUCUCUGACUUUGUGAAGAGCCAUGGCGGUCACACCGUCAUCACGAAAGUCCUCAUCGCCAACAACGGCAUUGCCGCAGUCAAAGAAAUUCGCUCAAUCCGCCAAUGGAGCUACGAAACCUUCGGCACUGAGCGCGCCGUCGAGUUCACCGUAAUGGCGACGCCGGAAGACCUCAAGGUGAACGCAGAAUACAUCCGCAUGGCGGACCGCUACGUCGAGGUGCCAGGCGGGUCCAACAACAACAACUACGCGAACGUCGAUCUCAUCGUCGACGUCGCAGAGCGCGCGGGCGUGCACGCCGUCUGGGCGGGCUGGGGCCACGCGUCCGAGAACCCGCGCCUCCCCGAGACCCUCGCCGCGAACAAGAUUGUGUUCAUCGGCCCUCCGGGUAGCGCGAUGCGCAGCUUGGGCGACAAGAUCUCGAGUACGAUCGUCGCGCAGAGCGCGGAGGUGCCCACGAUGCCGUGGUCGGGAACUGGCAUCUCGGAGACGGCGAUGUCGGAGCAGGGGUUCGUCGUUGUGCCGGAUGAUGUUUACCAGAGGGCGUGCAUAAAGAGUGUGGAGGAGGGUCUUGCGCGUGUGGAGGAGAUUGGGUACCCCGUUAUGAUCAAGGCCAGUGAGGGCGGUGGAGGGAAGGGUAUCCGAAAGGUCGAGGUGCCUGAAGCCUUCAGGAACGCAUACAAUGCUGUUGCGGGAGAGAUUCCUGGCUCGCCCAUCUUCAUCAUGAAGCUCGCCGGACAAGCGCGCCACCUCGAGGUGCAGCUGCUUGCGGAUCAGUAUGGCAACGCCAUCUCUCUGUUCGGUCGUGAUUGUUCCGUUCAGCGACGCCACCAGAAGAUCAUUGAAGAGGCGCCCGUCACGAUCGCGAAGCAAGACACCUUUGAGGAGAUGGAACGUGCAGCGGUCAGACUGGCCAAGUUGGUCGGCUAUGUCAGCGCCGGCACGGUGGAAUACCUUUACAGCCAUGCCGACGACGUCUUCCACUUCCUCGAGCUCAACCCCCGUCUCCAAGUCGAGCACCCAACAACCGAGAUGGUGUCAGGCGUGAACCUGCCCGCGGCGCAGCUCCAAAUCGCUAUGGGUAUCCCGCUGCACCGCAUCCGGCACAUCCGCCAGCUCUACGGGAUGGCGCCACACGGCACGUCCGAGAUCGACUUCGAAAUGGUCGAUCCCGAGGCUAGCAAGCUGCAGCGGAAGCCGCGCCCCAAGGGCCACGUCGUCGCCGUCCGGAUCACCGCGGAGAACCCCGACGCGGGCUUCAAGCCGUCGUCGGGCUCGCUGCAGGAGCUCAACUUCCGCUCGAGCACGAAUGUGUGGGGCUACUUCUCGGUCGGCUCUGCAGGCGGGCUACACGAGUUUGCGGACUCGCAAUUCGGACACAUCUUCGCGUACGGCGAGGACCGCGGCGAGAGCAGGAAGAACAUGGUCGUCGCGCUGAAGGAGCUGAGCAUUCGCGGUGAUUUCCGCACGACUGUGGAAUACCUCAUCAAACUCCUGGAGCUCCAGGCGUUCGAGGAGAACACGAUCACGACGGGCUGGUUGGACUCCCUCAUCAGCGACAAGCUCACCGCCGAGAGACCGGAUGCCACUCUAGCCGUGAUCAGCGGUGCUGUGACCAAGGCGCACCUCGCGUCCGACGCUUGCUGGGCGGAGUACAAGCGCAUCCUGGACAAGGGCCAGGUGCCGUCUCGCGACGUGCUGAAGACCGUGUUCGGCAUCGACUUUAUCUACGACAACGUCCGCUAUUCGUUCACCGCUACCCGCUCCUCUCUGACCACCUGGACGCUCUACCUGAACGGCGGUCGCACGCUCGUUGGCGCUCGCCCACUCGCCGAUGGUGGUCUGUUGGUCCUGCUCGACGGGCGCAGUCACUCUGUGUAUUGGCGCGAGGAGGUCGGCGCCCUCAGGGUGAUGAUCGACUCGAAGACCUGCUUGAUUGAACAGGAGAACGACCCGACACAGCUGCGCAGCCCUAGUCCGGGCAAGCUCAUCCGAUUCCUUGUCGAGAGCGGCGAUCACAUCAAUGCUGGUGAGCAAUACGCUGAGAUCGAGGUCAUGAAAAUGUACAUGCCUCUCGUCGCGGCCGAGGAUGGAAUUGUCCAGUUUGUGAAGCAGCCCGGCGUCAGUCUGGAGCCUGGUGAUAUUCUCGGUAUCCUUGCUCUCGACGAUCCUACUCGCGUCAAGCAUGCGAAGCCCUUCGAGGGUCUCCUCCCUGCAAUGGGCCCACCGAAUGUCAUCGGUAACAAGUCUCACCAGCGCCUCAACCACUACCUCGGUAUCCUGAACGACAUCCUGGACGGUUAUGAUAACCAGGCGAUCAUGGCUUCGACGUUCAAGGAGUUCCUCGCCGUCCUCAGAAACCCAGACCUGCCCUUCUCCGAGGUCACCGCUAUCCUGUCCACGUUGUCGGGGCGCAUGCCUGCUAAGCUUGAGGAUAGUAUCCGCGCGGCCAUUGACGCGGCGAAGGGCAAGGACGCCCAUGAGUUCCCCGCUACUCGUAUCAAGAAAUUGAUGGACCAUUUCAUGGAGGACAACGUGCGCCCGCAAGACAGGCCGAUGCUACGCUCGCAGCUGGGCACGCUUUUCGACAUCGUUGACCGCUACUCGCAAGGCCUCAGAGCUUAUAAGAUUAACACGAUUGCCGGCCUGUUGGCACGCUACGAGGAGACGGAGAAGCUCUUUGGAGGCAGCAUUGAGGCCCGGGUGCUCACUCUGCGCGAGCAGCACAAGGACGACCUCGACAAGAUUGUCUCUCUCGUACUCAGUCAUAUCAUGGCCCAGCGCAAGGGCAGGCUUGUCACGCUCAUCCUUGACCAUGUCAAGAACAGUGGUAUGACGGUUUCCGACCCUGCCAGCAAGCUCUAUCAGGUCUUGCAAGGUUUGGCGUCUCUGGAAGCUAGGUCCUCGACGCAGGUCGCACUGAAGGCGAGAGAGGUCUUGAUCUCGUGCCAGAUGCCUUCGUACGAAGAACGAAAGGUGCAGAUGGAGGGUAUCCUCAAGUCGUCAGUGACGAACAACUUCUACGGUGAACAGGGUGGCGACACGAAGGCGCCAUCUGCUGAGGUCUUGAGGGAGCUCAUCGAUUCGAGGCAUACUGUGUACGACGUUCUGCCAACCUUCUUCAACCAUUACGAUCAGUGGGUCACACUUGCUGCUCUGGAAGUCUACGUUCGGCGCGCGUACAGAGCUUACAGCGUUCUUUCUAUUGACUACGAGGAAGGCGAUGGUAUGGACGACGGCGACGCGCCUCACAUCGUGACGUGGCGCUUCAACCUCCCCCACACCCACUCUCCUCCUACGACUCCGAGCUUGAGCAACCCCGCUCGUCGCCAGGCGUCAGUCAGUGACCUGACGUACAUGAUCAAUAAGCACCAGAAGCAGCCUCUCCGAACUGGCGCGAUUGCUUCCUUCCCCAACUUCACUGCGCUGUCCCGCGGCUUCGAUAAGGUCGCCGGCAUGCUCCCUCACUUCGAUCCCCAUGAGUUCACGCAGCGAUACGGCUCGAACCAGCCGCCGAACGUACUCAAUAUGGCGUUGCGCAUCUUCGAUCCCGCUGAUGACACAACGGAGGACGCGUGGUACCAGAAGAUUCAUGAGCUGGUGAACCAGCGUGGCAACGUUCUAACGGAUCGCGGUGUACGCCGCAUUUCGAUCGUGCUGUGCAGGCCUGGCCUAUACCCUCACUACUUCACACUGCGCAACAUGGGCAAGUCUUGGGAAGAGGAGCAAGCUAUCCGACACAUCGAGCCUGCCCUCGCAUACCAGCUGGAGCUCAGCCGACUGUCCAAUUACAACCUCACGCCUUGUUUCACGGAGAGCAAGCAGCUUCACAUCUACCACGCAGUCGCGCGCGAGAACCAGUUGGACAGCAGAUUCUUCAUCCGAGCAUUGGUCCGCCCCGGGCGUAUCCUCGGUGACAUGAGCACUGCCAAGUAUCUCAUCUCGGAGACGGAUCGUCUGGUAACCAACAUCCUGGACACUCUGGAAGUUGUAUCUGCUCAGCACCGUAACGCUGAUGUCAACCACAUCUCCAUGAACUUCAUCUACAACCUCCCGGUGACGUACGAGGACGUCCUUGAGGCGAUUUCCGGAUUCAUCGAACGUCAUGGCAAGCGUCUCUGGCGCCUCCACGUCACUGGUUCGGAAAUUCGUAUCGUCUUGGAGGAUAGCGAGGGCAACGUCACGCCUAUCCGCUGUGUCAUUGAGAAUGUGUCUGGCUUUAUCGUGAACUACCACGGAUAUCAAGAAAUCACGACAGACAAGGGUGUCACCAUCUUGAAGUCCAUUGGCGAGAAGGGUCCUCUGCACCUACAACCCGUCCACCAACCGUACCCAACCAAGGAGUCGCUGCAGCCGAAACGCUACCAAGCUCAUCUGAUCGGCACGACGUACGUUUACGAUUUCCCUGAUCUGUUUUCGAAAGCCUUGAGCAACGUCUGGGCGAAGGCGCGUGCGCUGAACUCUCAAUUGACUCUGCCGAAGAAGAUCCUCGAAUCACGUGAAUUGGUCCUGGACGAGAACGACCAGCUGCAGGAGGUUGACAGGGCACCAGGGAACAACUCUUGCGGCAUGGUUGGCUGGGUCUUCUUCAUGCGAACGCCCGAAUGCCCUGAAGGUCGCCGCACGGUCGUGAUUGCCAACGAUAUCACCUUCAAGAUUGGUUCAUUUGGGCCCCAAGAAGACCAGUUCUUCUACUUGGCCUCACAGUACGCUCGCGAGCAGGGUUGCCGAGAAUCUAUUGGUGUCGACUAUCUGUACCUCUCACACGAGAACUUCCUCAAGUUACAGGAGAAGGCCGCCACUUCAGUGCGCACCGUUGACAUCGAAGUCGACGGCGAGAUUCGUCACAAGAUCACCGACAUCAUCGGAAUGCAAGACGGCUUGGGGGUCGAAUGUUUGAAGGGCUCCGGUCUCAUUGCCGGAGAGACUUCCCGUGCGUAUGACGAUAUCUUCACGAUCACCCUUGUCACCGCUCGUUCCGUUGGCAUUGGUGCAUACCUUGUUCGCUUGGGCGAGCGUGCAGUCCAAGUGGAAGGACAGCCUAUCAUCCUAACGGGGGCGCCUGCUCUGAACAAGGUGCUCGGCCGAGAGGUCUACACGUCCAACUUGCAGCUCGGUGGAACUCAGAUCAUGUACAAGAACGGUGUUUCUCACUUGACCGCCAGCAGUGAUCUCGAGGGCGCGAUGCAUAUCCUCGAAUGGCUGUCAUAUGUCCCAGAGGUCAAGGGUGCUCCUUUGCCUGUUCUUCAAUCGGUAGAUCCUUGGGAUCGUGACAUUGGAUACAACCCGCCGAAGGGUUCGUAUGACCCAAGAUGGUUCAUCGAGGGCAAGGAGGACGAGACGACGCAGGAGUGGAUGUCCGGUUUCUUCGAUAAGGGCUCAUUCCAAGAGACGCUGAGUGGGUGGGCGCAGACCGUCGUGGUGGGUCGCGCGCGUCUCGGUGGCAUCCCGAUGGGUGUCAUCGCGGUCGAGACCCGGACGAUUGAGCGUGUCGUCCCCGCCGACCCUGCUAACCCAACGUCCGUCGAGCAACGUAUCAUGGAGGCUGGUCAAGUGUGGUAUCCCAACUCCGCCUACAAGACGGCGCAGGCGAUCUUCGACUUCAACCGGGAAGGAUUGCCUCUCAUCAUCUUCGCGAACUGGCGAGGAUUCUCCGGUGGCCAACAAGAUAUGUACGACGAGAUUCUCAAGCAAGGCUCCAAGAUCGUCGACGGCCUGUCUACCUACAAGCAACCCGUCUUCGUGUACAUCGUCCCCAAUGGUGAAUUACGGGGUGGUGCAUGGGUCGUACUUGAUCCAUCUAUCAACGCCUCGCAGAUGGAGAUGUAUGCGGAUGUGGACGCAAGAGCCGGAGUCCUGGAGCCGGAGGGUAUUGUCGAGAUCAAGAUGCGUCGUGACAAAAUCAUCAAGUUAAUGGAGCGGAUGGACUCAACAUAUGCGGCCCUUAAGAAGGAUAGCGCAGAUGCAUCAAAGAGCCCAGAUGAGCGUGCAACCGCCGCCGAUGCAUUAGCUCAACGCGAAACAGUUCUGCAGCCGACGUACAAGCAGAUCGCAUUGCUCUACGCAGAUCUUCAUGACCGCACGGGACGGAUGGAGGCGAAGGGUUGCGCGUCCCCCAUGGUUUGGAAAGACGCUCGUCGCCGGUUCUACUGGUCGGUCCGCGCGAAGGUUGCAUGGUCGAUCGCGAUGGCCCAACUCGCAGAAGCAAGUCCCGACUCAACCGAGGAGUACCGCUCCACGCUUCUGAUGAGAUUAACAUCUCUCGAGAACCUCAGCGACCGCCGCGUCAUGGCUGAGGCUCUCGAAGCCCUUGAUCUGACCGCGACGCUCGCACAGCUGAAAGCCGACCACCUCAUGCGCCGCAUGCUGGCCCUGGCUCACGAAGACCGCAAGGCGACCAUCGACGGCCUCGUCCGUCUGGUGGACAACCUUGCUGAUGACGAAAAGGCGACGCUUAUCACAGCGCUGCAAAACGCGGGACGCUCUCCAGGACCUCCCUCGUAUUCCAAUGUGUCUGCUUCAUCUUAGAUGCCUACAACGGUUUUGCAUAUGUUCUGCUAUCGGAUAACGUACUGUAACGCUAUACCAACAUGUUUGUUUUGCUGUGAUCGUGUCUUCCAUUGCAAUAGAUGUAUAACGUCUGAAUCGUCGGCGUCGAAACGGUCGUCCAGAUGGGCCUCAGUAGCUGAGCGCCGAAACCACGAUUCAAGAAGACAUCUGCAGCUCAAACGUUCAAGCUGAACCCUGUAUUCACUCUGUCACUGCCAAAGAAUUGAAUUUUUUUGGUGUUGGACAACGGUGGGACAUCGCGGUGACUGUCAUACUAGGCGG